AUGACGCCUCGUCUCGUCCCUGUUAAACUCAAGCCAUGCCACGAAGGUUCGAAAGACGGAAGGAAACGCGAAGAUCGCCAGAGCAGCCCCAUUCAAGGCUUCCCGGCUCUGCUCGCAGUCAACCAAGGAGCCCGAUCCAUCGCACUCCGCCACUACACCUGGAGGCUUAACCUCGAUAUCAGCAUUACCUACAGAGAAGAUGGUGUCUCCAAUGUUGAAGACGAGGUCGAGCAUCGGCGUGCGCGUGUCGUUAUGUCACCUGACGAUACCCUUGGUCUCUUUCGCUGCAAACUGGAGACCGGGCGAGAGGUGUGGAUAUCAGAGUUUGAUGUCCAGGUUGCGAACCACGAGGGAAGCCCGUGGAGCAUCCACGAGACCACUGAUUCACCACAGCAUGGGUUCAAGAAGGUGGCAAUGUUGGGAGACGCCAUCGAGUCAAACCCCAACAUCGUCAGGGCUCUCAACGUCACUCUAUGGGACCUGGACUCAGUUCUUCACAGACCAUCUGCUAGAAUGAGAACGGCAUGUUCGCCCUACACAAAGCACAAAAUCUUCGUUGAUACCGUCAAAAUGCCCACAAGCUCUCGGUCUUCGUCAAUGUUUUCGUGGGGCAAUUAA